AUGGUACGUUUACUCAGGCAGUAUGCUGCCCAAAACUCAGCCGGUAUUCAGACGCUGCUUGACGCGGAGCGAGAUGCGCAGAAGAUUGUGCAGAAAGCCCGAGAGUACCGGACCAAACGGGUAAAGGACGCUCGUACCGAAGCACAAAAAGAGAUCGAGGAAUACCGGGAAAAGAAGGAGAAGGAAUUCAAGGAAUACGAAUCAAAGCACACUUCAGGCAACAAGAAGGCGGAGGAAGACGCCGACAAGGACACAGAGAAGAAGCUGGAAGAAAUCAAGCAGAUUGGUAGCAAGACUGGCCCAAAGGUGGUCGAGCAACUAUUGAAGGCGGUCAUGGACGUGCAACCACGAGUACCCGACCGAGUCUCACAGCCUGUUGCAUAAUCGGUUCGUCAAGAGGGAAAAACUCUCCCUUUGCGCGAAUGAUGGAGCUCUUUGGCGCUUACCGCAAGAUAUCGUACAUCGAUAGUGGCGAGUUUGUGAGCUGAUCUAGAGCCGCGUUUAAUGCAUUGCACGAGUUUAUGCAGAAGCCUACGAAUACAUUCAUCACUGCCAUUAUCCCAGCCGUUUCUCAUCAAAGACCUUCUUUAGCUAGCAUGUCUUCGAAGUUUUCGUUAGGAAAGGAGAGAACUGAGGACCGAGAAAUUCGAGACGUACCUGCGAUGCUAAGAUAAAAUGCGAUUGCG